AUGCCGGAAGAAUUCGAGGACUCGCGGGAGUGUGUGAGAGAAGGAGUGCUGGAGCCGGAGAGGGAGGGCGAGUGCGAGCCGAGGAGUAGGUCUUCGGCAGAGAUGGACCAGCGGGAACAAGGUUGCGGUGGUGAGCGCAUGACAGGGGACCAGCCUGUGUGUUGGAGGGAAGAGGGGAUGGGCUUGCUGAUGUUGAUGUCUUUGGUGGAGGUAACGACCGAUCUGAUUAGCAAUGCACUUCAAAGCUAUGACCCAGUAGAGAAGCAUGUACCCGAUGCACCAGCAGCAGCGUGCAAGAAAUCCUCCGAAAUCUAUGAAAGGCCCGGUCGAUUGAAUCAAAUUUCCUGCUUGCAGCAUACGGCCGUCGCAACUGUAUCUAUACCAUCUGAAUGCGGCACAGCCCUUCGCACGGCUGCGAUGCUAAAUUCUCCUCACCACAGCACACGAACUUUCUCCGUAGCCGUGAUGUCGAAAACUCCGUUACGCACGCUCCGCAUUCACGCUUCUCCCUCACCAUCCAGAGUAGAAAGUUAGAUUGUCCAAUCAACGCGCGCGCUAGGGACGUGCAAGGAUUUGCUAGGCGACGGAAGUCCGUAUGGUUGGCCAUGCUCACCUCAUCAGUUUUACACCAAGCCUGCUUCCGCUCCAUUAUGUGGAAAACAGAGCGAAUGACCAUGCUCUAGAAGUCGGAGGUCCGAUACGAGGAGCGGAAGGCCCAGACUUUGCUGUCGUGAUGCAACGUCUCUCGCGCAAGUGCAGCAUUGUGGGCAGCGAAAGUCCAGACGCGAGCGGUGUGGGGGCCGCCUUCACAGCUGCGUGACGCAACAAACAGCGACACAAGAUAAAGCACCAGGGAUCUGUACGAGCACAGCUCGUGCUCGAUGUCGGAAAAA